UGAGCGGUGUGACUGAAACACUCUGUAAAUUAACUCAAUUAGACAGAGCCUGAUUUAACGGAGGAGAUGGUGAGAAGCACCACCCUCAUUAAAUUUGGCUGUUAGAGGCGCUUCCACUGAAAUUAAAUUUGUGUUAGUCGUUUGAAUCGUAAAAUUGCAUGUGGGUGUGCUGGUACGCAUUUGGACACGCGUAGUGGAUGAAUGCUUAAAAAAUCAAGAGUGGAAGCCAAGGAGGAGGGCGAGGCAGACUGAAGGAGUGGAAACUGCGCACUCUCCCAGCUGCACAGCUAUGUGUCCCCUGCGGUGGGGGCUCAUGCUCGGCUGCCUGAGCUGUGGACUCUGGCCCCGGGCCUGGGCCCAGUUUCCCCGGGUCUGCAUGACCUUAGACAGCCUGAAGAGCAAGGAGUGCUGCCCGCCCGUAGGUGUGGAGCCCACCAACGUCUGUGGCUCGCAGGACGGCCGGGGCCAAUGCUCUGAGGUGCAAGCAGACAACAGGCCCUGGAGCGGCCCUUACGUCCUGCGUGACCGGGAUGAUCGGGAGCUGUGGCCAAGGAAGUUCUUCAGCAGGAACUGCAAGUGCACAGGAAACUUUGCUGGCUAUAACUGUGGAGACUGCCGGUUUGGCUGGACUGGCCCCAACUGUGAUCAGAGGAAACCACCGGUUGUCCGGAAAAACAUUCAUUCCCUGACUCCACAGGAGAGAGAGCAGUUCCUGGGUGCCUUAGACCUCGCCAAGAAGACCACACACCCCGACUACGUGAUCACCACGCAGCACUGGCUAGGCCUGCUUGGGCCCAAUGGGACCCAGCCACAGAUCGCCAACUGCAGCAUUUAUGAUUUUUUUGUAUGGCUCCACUAUUACUCUGUUCGAGACACAUUACUAGGGCCAGGACGCCCCUACAAGGCCAUAGAUUUCUCACACCAAGGCCCUGCUUUUGUGACCUGGCACAGGUACCAUUUGUUGUGGCUGGAAAGAGACCUCCAGCGCCUCACUGGUAAUGAGUCCUUCGCUUUGCCCUACUGGAACUUUGCCACUGGGAGGAACGAGUGUGACGUGUGCACUGACCAGCUCCUCGGGGCAGCCAGACAAGAUGACCCAACUCUGAUUAGUCAGAACUCGCGAUUCUCCAGCUGGGAAAUUGUCUGUGACAGCUUGGAUGACUACAACCAGCGAGUCACCUUGUGCAAUGGAACCUAUGAGGGUUUGCUGAGAAGAAAUCAAAAGGGAAGAAACAGUGAGAAGCUGCCAACCUUAAAAGACGUCCAAGAUUGUCUGUCCCUCCAGAAGUUUGACAACCCUCCUUUCUUCCAGAACUCUACCUUCAGCUUCAGGAAUGCAUUGGAAGGGUUUGAGAAGGUGGAUGGAAUGCUGGGCUCUCAAGUGGCGAGCCUUCAUAAUUUGGUUCAUUCCUUCCUGAAUGGGACAAGCGCUUUGCCACAUUCAGCUGCCAACGAUCCUGUUUUUGUGGUCCUGCAUUCCUUCACCGAUAGCAUCUUUGAGGAGUGGAUGAAGAGAUACAAGCCUGCUGCAGAUGCCUGGCCUCAGGAGUUGGCACCCAUUGGCCACAAUCGGAUGUUUAACAUGGUCCCUUUCUUCCCUCCCGUGACUAAUAAGGAGCUCUUUCUAACCGCAGACCAACUGGGCUAUAGUUACGCUAUUGAUCUGUCAGUUUCAGUUGAAGAAACUCCAAAUUGGACCACAACACUCUCCGUGGUGAUGGGAAUACUUGUGGGUUUGGUUGGUCUUUUCGUGCUGCUGAUUUUCCUUCAGUACAGAAGGCUCCGAAAAGGAUACACACCCCUACUGGAGACUCAUUUCAGCAACAAGAGAUACACAGAAGAAGCCGAAGGAGUAGAGACCUUACCCUAGAGAAGAGUCCGCCAAACUGAGUUCUGACUUGGAAAAUAAUCAACCUGUCAUCCAUUUCUUCCUUUAGAUCUUUGGUAUAGGUUCUUUUAUUGAAACAAUGAUCCAAAUACAGAAGGUUGCUUGGCUGUCAUUUCUGGCUUGCUUGUUUAACAGACUCAUGCUAAAAGUGUUUAGGGUUAGUUCAGCUGACAUUAAGUUCGCAGUGUCUGAUGACAAUUUCCCAUGCUCGUUAAACCUUUCACUAUUCUAAAGGCAACAGCAACAGCAGCAACAGCAACAAUCUUUAAAUUUGUAGAUCAGUGUAAUGGGAGACCUGGAAGAUUCUUGUUCAAUCUUUUUCAGUGCAAAUGUCUUGUUUUUCAUAGUGUGGAGAUGGGGCCUGUCCGUUAGCCAGCAUUUUACUAGUACAUUGAAAUACUUUAAUCAGGCUAAUGCUCUAAAUAAAAGUCGUUGUUACCAGUUCACAAUUCUGCAGGUGUAAGGGUCUAAGACUGCAGCUGGUGGUGACCUUGUUGGUAGAGUCCCAAGGUGGUCAAAGCCUUGCCUGGGAAGAGGCAGGGAGUACGUGUGUGUGUGUACGUGUGUCUGUCUGGUCUCACUUCCUUUUCCUAACAAUGCACCACGAUCCAGGAUUCAAUUAUGGAGGCUCUAUCCUGAUGACCUUUUCUAAUCCCAGUCACUUUCUGAGGGCCCCGCUUCUGAAUACCAUAAUUUCAUUAAGCUUCUAUGCUUUUAAUACUUCACAACAGAGGCUAAAUUUCAUCAGGUUACACGUUGGGGGACAGACUGCUUGCAAACCAUAGCAGGGUGGCAAGCACUAGACGAUCUCCAAAAUCCUUUGCAUAACUCUAGCAAUGUUUUUCCUGCCCGCAUCAUCUUCCUUGGACUUCUUUUUCUUCCUUUCUCUGUCUUUUCCUCUCCAGCCUUAAAGACUAAAAUAAGCCUUAUUUUUCAUAUGAGAUAAGCCAAGAAUAUUCUUGUAGAAGGAUCCACUCAGUUUUCUUUGCACGUUAGGCUUUGCAGAACUUAUUUAAAAUUAGGAGGUUUUUUGAGACAGGGUCUCACUAGGGAGCCCAGCCUGGUCUCUACCUCAUGGCGAUCCUCUUGCCUAGAACCCUCCUCUCUCCCCUGGUGCUGGGAUUACAGGUGGAUGUCACUGAACCCUGCUGAAAUUUGCAAUUUUAAAGAGUAGGACUAAUAGAAGAUGCAAUAACUGGAUAAACAUUAUCCUAUAAGGAUAAUAAAUAAGGAAAUGAAGUUAUAAAGCUUUCUAGUUAAUUAAUAUACGGUCUCAAACCUUUUAAUUGUGGAAUCACUCUUUCCAGGAAAAGCUGACGAGAGAAGGUUGCUGAAGCUAUAAUCCUGAACAUGAGAUGAUUUGAUUAGAAUCUCACUACUCUGAGGUCCAUCUGGCUGAUCCUAGAGCAGUUCUGUUACUUAUGUAGCCUCAGAUGAAAAAUUUUUAAAGUUAAUUUUGUUGGCACAUUUUAUAUACACAAUAUAAUGACAUU